UAGCAAAACAGCAGCUAAACUUUCAACCAGUGCUAAAAGGAUUCAGAAGGAACUUGCAGAAAUUACAUUAGACCCUCCUCCAAACUGUAGGAAGAGCUGGAGAACUGGAGAAGUUGGUGUCUGCUGCCAUCUAGUGACCAAAAUUGCUAACUACACCUAGGUUCAUUAUAGUUGGACUUCCCCCCCCUUUUUUCCCUUUUCCUUUCCUUUCCUAUUUCCUUUUAGAUAGCCAGUAGGAAUUAGAUAACCAGUAGGAAUUAGUGAGCAAAUUUACCCCUAGUGUGGUUUGGACAUUGGACAUAGCGAAGUAAGAGUGAAUUUUGAUAGGUAGUGAAACCAUUUGGUGUUGUAUGAUUGCUUGGAAAGACUUUUUAGGAAUAUCCAAAAUGGCUACCGUGACUACUACUUUGAAGAAGAAGGCAAUCACAACCUCUUCAGCCUCAUCUCCAGCCACUACCUCUGUGACACUACAAAGAUCAUCUGAAGACGUGGCUACUCCGGGAAAAGCAUCGACGCAAGAUAUUCUCCAGUCUAUGCAGGAAACAUUAAUUAAAAAUCAAGAUUCAACAUCAAAAACCUUGGAAGAGCUGAAGAGGAAUGUCGAAACGUUAACUACUGAGACAAGGUUGUUUCAUGCAAAGUUUGAGGAGGUCCAAAAUACUUUGACUAAUCAUGAGGAACGGAUUCAAGCUUCCGAGAAAGUGACAUGUAGGAUGGAGCGGCUCGAACUUUGGCAAGCCUUGGCUAAUAAAAAAAUCGAGGAAGAGAUUAUCUUCCUCGAAAUGAAUAGAUCUGGCUACUUCUUACGGUUUCAGAAUGUCCCUGAAGAGAAAGGUGAGCACUUGGAUGUACUAAUGGGAGAGAUUGUUGCAAGAAUUACUGGAAGAGAUUUUGCAGAAGUUUCAAGAGAUAUUGACGAUGUGUACCGAGUAUAUACCAGCUAUGCUCGGCGCAACAAGCUCCCUAAAGAGAUCCAUGUUCGAUUUACUAGAACAGCACUAAGAGAUGAAGUGUUUCGGAAAACGAGGGACCAAGCUUUUACCUACAAAGAUAACCGACUAACAGUAUUGCCCCAGCUCCUGAGACGAGUACAAGACAUUCGGACAAAAUAUGACUUUUUGACAACAUGGUUGAGGAAACAAGGGAUACGUUAUCGUUGGCUUCUACUGGAAGGCCUGAUGUUUACCUGGCAAGAACAGAGGUUACGAUUGGAAUCCGUACAGGAAGCGCAGGACUUCGCGGAGGCCUAUAUUAAUCUUAGUGACCAAGAGAGUGAAGGUGGUAAUCUAGGUAAGAGCCAAGAAGAGGUAGCCCAGGAAACAACAGCACAGAGCAUAUUGGACAUGACAAGGACACAGCCCAAUCUGGAGAAGAAAGAGGAACAAAUUUCCAAAUCGAGACCAGAUCCCAGAAACUCAAGAACGCAGGUAAGUAGAGGUAUGGAUGAGGUGCUCAACCUGUUUUCCAUUAACAUCAAUGGCCUGAAUGCUCCCACUAAGAGGAAAAAGGUCUGGGCUAAACUUCAAGAAGAUAAUUAUGAUAUUAUAUGUUUACAGGAGGCCCACAUAAGGAAAGACCACUCUAAGAUUUUAAUUUAUCCUAAACUGGGGAAGUUGUAUGUAUCCUUGGCCGACCAGAAGAAAAGGGGAGUUGUUGUUUACAAUCGGAGAGGCCUGGUGAAACGUCAAGAGUAUGCAGAUAUAGAGGGUAGGAUACUGAUGUUAGAGAUUAGUAUUGGCCAAAAAAUAGUAUUGUUAGUAAAUACAUAUGUCCCUAAUGUUAACCAAAUGGGUUUCUUUAAAGAUUUGUAUAAGAAAAUUAAUGAAUUAAAUUACGAGCAUGUAUGCAUAGUAGGUGACCUCAACGCGAUUGCUGAUACUUCAAUUGAUUAUGAUCCAGGAAAGGGCUCUCCUAAAUAUAAAAAAGGGCAUAGGAAGGUACUCCCUAAAACAUGGGAUAACCUAAAAACAGAAAUAGGGUUAAGAGACAUCUGGCGAGACUUCCAUCCUAUGCAAAAGCACUUUACAUAUUUCUCCCCCAGGCACAGAUCAUGGUCUAGGAUAGAUAUGGUCUGGUCAACAUCAGAUUUGAAAGAAGACAUAAAUUCAGUUGAAAUAGGGACGAAUAUAUGGGCAGACCACCACCCCCUGGUAAUAAAAUUUAAGGGGUCCACUAGAAGAGCGAGAUGGUCUAUGAGGGCUGAGAUCAUGAGAGACGAGGGAUUUAUAAAUAUGAUUUAAAAAGAAUUAGAUCAUUUUUUUACCGAAAACAAGAG